AAUUCAUUUGCAUAUUGAAUUGUGAAUAUGUGUUUUUCUCGUAAUCCGUUGUAAAGUAUUUACACAUCAUUAAUAACCCGACAAGAACGCAUCAAUCCUUGUAGAGAUAAUUUUGUCAACUAUUAUAAGAUGUGUUUCGAGCGACCACCCCCAUAAAAUAUGGUAUAGUCCACUCCCUGCCGUUAGCCGUUGUUGUAUCCUAUGCUACUGAACAGAUUUGUCGUGAUACAAACUCGCUACACACUGGAACGAAAGCCAUGAAAAGAUGCCCCUUCACGGGAUUAAAACAAUAAAUCAGGCAACAAGAAGUCUGGAAAAACUUUGCCGAACUGUGCCCAAACUUUGAUAGACUACAACCCAAUUCACUUCCCUACAGUUUCGAGUGUGUUAGCAUUGUUUUAUCUCACCACUAUUGCCACUGGACGCGGUUCUUUUUUCUUCUGGAGCAGUCCAGUCUGAUGAAUUCACCGAAAAAAGACGGAGAUGAUGAUGUGCCCGUUAAAGACCCGGUAAAAUACGGCGAAUUGGUCAUUUUGGGGUACAAUGGCUCUCUUCCAAGCGGAGACCGGGGGCGCAGAAAGAGCCGCUUCGCUCUGUACCGAAGGGCCAAGGCCAAUGGUGUCAAGCCCAGCGCUGUGCACAUCCUCAACACACCACAGGACAGCAAGGCUGUACACAGCAGGGGGCAGCACAGCAUUUCUUUCACUCUGUCCCGGAACCAGACAGUGGUGGUGGAGUACUGCCAUGACAACAACACAGACAUGUUCCAGAUCGGACGCUCCACAGAAAGUCCCAUUGACUUUGUGGUGACAGACACCUCCGGAGGGGGAAAGGAGGGGGAAGACCCCUCCAUUGCGCCGAGCACGAUCUCACGUUUUGCCUGCAGAGUGGUGUGUGAACGCAACCCACCUUACACUGCACGCAUUUAUGCUGCAGGCUUUGACUCCUCCAAAAAUAUCUUCCUAGGGGAAAAAGCAACCAAAUGGAAAAACCCUGAUGGGCACAUGGAUGGCCUGACCACCAACGGGGUGCUAGUGAUGCACCCAGAGGGGUUCCCUGAGGACCCCAAGCAGGGGCUGUGGAGGGAGAUCUCUGUCUGUGGUGAUGUCUACGCCCUGCGAGAGACACGCUCUGGACCCAGCCGGGGCAAACUGGCAGAGGGAGAGAGCAGUGCUCUACGAGACGGUUCCCUGGUUGACCUGUGUGGUGCCACCCUGCUGUGGCGUACAGGGGAGGGGCUCAUGCGGGCUCCCACCCUGCGUCACCUGGAGGCGCUUCGCCAGGAGCUUAAUGCAUCCAGGCCCCAGUGUCCUGUAGGCCUCAGCACACUGGCCUUCCCCAGCCUGCCACGCAGCCACAGCCUUGAAGAACGUCAGCCCUGGGUCUACCUCGCUUGCGGCCAUGUCCACGGACGCCACGACUGGGGCCAGAGAUCUGAGGGAGAGGAGGAACCAGGAGAGGGCGAGAGCUCCACGGCCCGCCGCGAAUGUCCCCUGUGCAGGAGUGUGGGGCCCUACGUGCCCCUGUGGCUGGGCUGUGAACCUGCUGUGUAUGUGGACGCCGGCGCUCCUACGCACGCUUUUGUGCCGUGUGGUCACGUCUGCUCAGAGAAAACAGCCAGGUACUGGGCUGAGACCCCGCUGCCCCACGGGACCCAUGCCUUCAGACCCGUCUGCCCCUUCUGCUCCACUGCCCUCAGCUCCCCCGGCUGGACACGGCUCAUCUUCCAGGGCCCCAUCGACUAGUCGCUACAACACAGCAACCACUAUCACAAAAAAGAUGCCCGAGCUUCAUUCAUGUUGCACAUGUUGAUCAGGACGGAAAGGUAUUGAUUAGGAAUGCUUAACGAUAGUUUCACAUUAUUAAAACAGGUGUAAUCUACAGUCAGUAAUCUAUAUUUUUACUGAAUGCAGCUCGGAGCUGAAGAAUCCUUCCCCUUGUUUAUCCUUCAGUGCUCGUUAAUUGCUAUGAGAUCAGGCGGAUAGGCGAUUAAAUCAUAACAGAAUAAUCAAUACUGUGAUCAUGAGAAAAGUAUUUACUCUAAACUCUAUAUGGUGUCCACUUCUCUGUCAUUCAAGAGUCUGCUGUUUUUCAAUCCAAACAAACACUACACCAGCUGAUUUACCCAACCUCCAACAAGACAAGCAACACCGGGUAUACACAGGAGCUUAAAUGAUGUUUCUCACCCCAUGACAAACAAUUAUUUCACUCCUUCCAUUAUCAAGUGGCGCAGCCUUCCAGUCAUUAUACAUUUCAUAUGGAACAUUUAGACUCUAACAGUUGUGUUUGUCAGUUUCAGAAACCAUGUAGGAAAUGACAAGUAGCUUUUUUGCACUCAGUGAAACACCACUUCUGACCAGGUAGUCUCCAGUUCUAGAUGUGUAGUAUUGCACUUUUUGGCCUGCACUUUGAUAUCCAACCACUUUGGAUUUAUUUGCACUCAUUCUGACUUCUGUGUUUUCUUCCUGAACGGCCAGCUGAUCUAUAUUUAUAGCUGUAUUCAACAGGGUGUAUAAACUACUCAUGGUAAAUGUAGGACAUUACAAAGGAGGGAUCAAAGGAUUGUGCUUCCAUGCAACAUUUUACAUUUCUAGUGUUUCAUGAAGAGGAAAUUAUUAACCAUUGUUAAAACCAGGAUAUGUUUGAGUACAUGCAGUUUUCACCUUUUGUACUCACAUAUGCUUUUAGUGUGAAAUCUAUGCACACCCCCCCAUAAAUGAGACCCCAUGUGUACUAUUAGAUUGGAAUGAAAACCUGCAGACUCUUUGAUUAGCACUGAAUGACGGAGGGAACACAACAUACUGCAUAAGGCCAGGUCUUAUCCGGAUUAUCAAGCAGCCAGAGGAUAAACAAGGGCUGGGAAUAAAACUGGGUAUAGUCCACUUCAUAACUCUCUAAAGCAAUAAUAGCACUCCCAUAGAUAAGCUAUAUGUUGUGCUAUGUUUAGCCAAGUGUUAGGUCAGCAGUCACUUCAAAUAAGGCUAAAAUGGUUUCCAGGUUAAGGGCUCAACCAGAGGCGUGUUCAAUUCCAUGAUUUAUUUUAUUUCCAGAUGGGGUCUUACGCCAGGUAUCAGAGUGUGUGUGAUGUAACCAAAGCCCUAGAAUUUAAAGAUGAGCAAAUGAAUCAGUGACUAAAUACCUGACAUUUAUUUAAAUACUCAUUUCGAAUGCAUUAAGUAGCCUCUGCUGACUGAAUUCACCGUGUUUAGAUCAGCACAGCAGCCAUCACAAACACACAUAUGGUAUUGUUGCAUUAAUUUGAACACACUUCUGGUUACUGAAUUAUGCUAAACAGGGUCUACAUUAGUGUGAUAGAGUGUCAGAAAGGUUUGACCUUGCAUAACCUCAAAAGAAAUCCUUUUUUUUUUGUUUUAAAGAAAACUAUUUUGUUAAGAAAUGGGGAGGGAUUUAUUUGGGGAAGUGGGAGGAAUUCUUUUAGAUGUUCAGUGUUAAAAAAAAAACAAAACUAUUUUUCUAACUGAUAAUUGGUUUUAGUUAGCUGUUGUUACUCAGUGUAAGCAAGUUCUGUAUGUUUCCGAAUAUUAUAGUGUGGUAGAUGUAGGAGAGCUUGUGAGUGAGAAAACAUUGCCAACACUGUGUCCAACAAACACACUUAACACACUGCUACCGUGAAACAUUGCCCAGACAAUGAAUGUAGCCAAAUACUCAGGCUAUAUUUAGCCUUCCCUGGUGCUCAUAUUGAAUGGUCUAUAUUGUGAUACUAUUUUUGUAACUAAAUAUUAUGGUGUAGCUUGGUGAACUAGCUCGAACGAGUCAGAUAACUUCAAUAAUAGCCUCAAGUAUGGAAGACGUAUAAUUGAUAAUACACACUCACAUGGAAAUUGUGUUUAGCUUGCAUGUGCUGAACGUACACACACACACUAUGUACACUACACAUACACUUACUCAAAAACUUUGCACGGUGGAUUGCCAACCUGUUAUUCAUGCUGAGAGCAUCUGUUACAGACAAAGAUGUCUUCCGAGUCCUCAGCUGUUACAACUGCAGCAUUUUUGGGGUUUUUUUGGAUGACCGCUCCAAAUUAAAAAAAAAAAAAAAAAAAAAAAAAUAGAAAGACAGAAAGAAAACAGAGCCUAAAAAAUCCUCAUACUUGAUAGAUGCGUGAUGUUUGUGAAUGAGACCUAUCAAUCCCACUUUGUACUACUAUGCUAAUAUUUUCCACCAAACCAAUUCACUACAGAAAUACGUCCACGUCAACACUUGUUUACAUUUUGUAUUUAGACUAAUCUUGGUACAUUUCAAGCUAAUGAAAGGCUGUAUGCUGUUUUCAGAGCACUAUAUUUUCCAUUUGAAGUCUAAAUACAAGAUUUAAACUCCCAAGAGUGCGGUGGAUAAUUGACGUAGUGUUGAUAAUUACUGUAGCUCAGGAUUAGUGAUUUCAGAUUCACAGCUGGCAAAGCCUGAAGGAAGCGUGAUAGAAGACACUUUGAGACAAAAGGUUUCAGAACUGCAAAACACAUAAAAAGGAGAACAGGUGUGAGAAUAAUUAGCUGAUGUAAGAGGCAUGAUACAGCAGGGCAGAUCACCACAGGUCUAGGAUCAGUCACAUACGGGUCUUACUAUAAGGGGAACAGGCGAUGAAAACACCUCAAGCAGCUACCCCCUUACUAAGCACGCCAAAUCCAGUGAAUCCUGCUUUUGAAGUUAAUAUAUACAACAAUUAAUGUAACACCAUUGGCAUGUGGAUGGAAGAACCGUUGCAGCACCUUUUUUUUCACUUUUAGUUUAUGACCUGACUUUUAUUUGAGCUAAUUUCUCUUUACUUUUCUUUAGCUUUAUUCUUUAUUUAACUAUCUUUGGGUUACAGGUGUCCAUAUGCAAUUUCCUUUUCUUUGUUUUUAGAUUUUAGUAUUGAUGAAAACUUCAGACACAUUAUCUAUUUUAGCGUGGCAUCAGGUUUUUUAAUACCACCAGUAACAUCAUUAGCUCUUCCCUAACUUUGUUUUUUUUUUUUUGAUUAUAUGUAUCAAUUGACCUUCAUUCCAGAUGGCAAAACCUCAACCUCCUCAAUUUAUGAACUCACCUUUUAUAGGGGAGUGAGUAGCUGACACUUAACCUCACAGUUAAUACUGCAUUCCUUUAAAUACAUCUGUGUUAUGUACAGCUAUUUUGUAUUAUUUUAUAUCAUAAUCUUCUGUAACCGUCCGGUGCACAGACAAUCGCUAUACACAUGUCAAUAAACCUGUUAAAAAGA